CUUUCCUGAAGGUUGUGAGUUUUGAGGUUCCAAAUUCUCAGUGUGCCAGAGUCACUUAGGCUAAUUUCUACUUAAGACAUAGAGUGCCCUUAAAGCGGAUUCCGAGCUAUACUAGCUUUUGGAAAAGGAGAGGAACUUUUUAGCACCCGUCGAGCUGUUUGAAAAUGGAGUGCAACUUUUUAGUUGUUUGCUUUAUUUCCAUGUUUACUUUUCUCUUGCCAUCUCGUCCUGGUGUGGAGGCCUUAAAGUUUCUCAAUCCUCCAUCCCAAGUGUUAAGUGGAUUCAUAGGUAUGAACAUUGAUGUCAACUGUUCAACGAAUGACCCAUAUGCAACAGUUCAGCUUUUCCACUCAAGAGACUUUGUAACAUAUACUGAAAGGACUUUGUCUCCUGAGAAACUUCACCUAAACAAACAAGUUUUCACAUUGUUAAACCUUGGUGUAAAGGAUUCUGGACAAUAUAAGUGUAAAGCAACAGAUGGACAACAAACCAUUGAAUGGCCAAGCUCUCAUGGAUUCCUCUUCCUUUCUCAAGGAAAACUGCCAGAUAUUAUAUUUGAUCCACCAAGACCAAUCACUGUACAGCAAGGUCAAACUGGAAAUGUCACAUGUCAAACUGUUGGUUGGUCAGUCAGCAAACUGCUUUGGAAAAAGCGAAGUAACUCUGGUGACCAAACUGUUCCAGACAGCAAGGUUGUACAUGUUAUAGAUAAAACUGAAAACAUGGUAAAAGCAGUCCUUACCAUCACUAAUGCUCAAACUCAAGAUAGCGGUGAAUAUAAAUGUGUGCUGUCGGCUUUCAACAAACAGGAUUAUAAGAUUGCCAAUAUACGUGUGGAUGGUGUGGAGGCCUUUAAGUUUCUCAAUACUCCAUCCCAAGUGUUAAGUGGAUUCCUAGGCAUGAACAUUGAUUUCAACUGUUCAACGAAUGACCCAUAUGCAACAGUUCAGCUUUUCCACUCAAAAGACUUUGCAACAUAUACUGAAAGGACUUUGUCUCCUGAGAAACUUCACCUAAACAAACAAGUUUUUACACUGUUAAACCUUGAUGUAAAGGAUGCUGGACAAUAUAAGUGUAAAGCAACAGAUGGACAACAAACCAUUGAAUGGCCAAGCUCUCAUGGAUUCCUCUUCCUUUCUCAAGGAAAAUUGCCAGAUAUUAUCCUUGAUCCACCAAGACCAAUUAUUGUACAGCGAGGUCAAACUGGAAAUGUCACAUGUCAAACUGUUGGUUGGUCAGUCAGCAAACUGCUUUGGAAAAAGCGAAGUAACUCUGGUGACCAAACUGUUCCAGACAGCAAAGUUGUACAUGUUAUAGAUAAAACUGAAAACAUGGUAAAGGCAGUGCUUACUCUCACUAAUGCUCAAACUCAAGAUAGCGGUGAAUAUAAAUGUGUGCUGACGGCUUUCAACAAACAGGAUUAUAAAAUUGCCAAUAUACGUGUGGAUGGUGUGGAGGCCUUUAAGUUUCUCAAUACUCCAUCCCAAGUGUUAAGUGGAUUCCUGGGUAUGAAUAUUGAUAUUAACUGUUCAACGAAUGAUCCAUAUGCAACAGUUCAACUUUUCCACUCAAAAGACUUUGCAACAUAUACUGAAAGGACUUUGUGUCCUGAGAAACUUCACCUGAACAAACAAGUUUUUACACUGUUGAACCUUGAUGUAAAGGAUGCUGGACAAUAUAACUGUAAAGCAACAGAUAGACAACAAACCAUUGAAUGGCCAAGCUCUCAUGGAUUGCUCUUCCUUUCUCAAG